AUGGAGAAAACUUUGAACAGAAUUCAUCCAGUUUCUGAUCCAGAAGCAACCUAUUUUCUACAAGUGUCAUGGGAAAAAGAUUUAGGCACUGGCUUUGGUAUAAUGCUGAGUGAUGCUCAAUGUGCAUGGACUGGGACAGUGUCUGAAGCUGAAAUUUCUAGGGAGGCUGCUGACAUGGAAAUGAAUAGAGAGAAGUAUGUUGAAGAACUGAAGAAAGCGUUGAUAGCAGGAGAAGAAUCAGCUGGCAAAUAUAACUUUGCUAUUUCGAGAGAUGAAGGAAAUAUGGAGUGUCUCUUCUCAUAUGAAAGAAAUCUGAAAGAUGGCUCUUUUAGACUUGGAUCUCUGAAGCUACAGAAAGUUUCCAGUCCAGCAGAGGUGGUUAAGGACCUGAUUGGUUAUUGUCUGGACUGCAUGGGAAGACUGCAGGCAAAAAAUGAACAUCUGCAAAAAGAGAAUGAAAGGCUUUUGAGUGACUGGAGUGAUGUGGAGAAGCGGCUGGAAAAAUGUGUGGAAGCUAAAGAAGAACUAGAGGUAGAUCUUUAUAGCCGAUUUUGUUUGGUGCUGAAUGAAAAGAAGGCAAAGAUAAGAAACUUACAGAAGUUGCUGAAUGAAGCUAAGGAAUCUUCAGCAGAUGCCAAAUGUACAAGGGAUAGUGUAACUACCACUCAGAUGGCUACAGGGAGAGAAAAUGACUAUGAUGGUAGCACUGAGGAGGAAAGUGAAAAUUUAACACAAGCCUCGUUACCAUCAGCACCAGAACGAAGGGAUUCCCUCCUGGUUAGCCCAGAUGUUCUUGAUACUGCUCCAAGGAGAAAGCGAAGACAAAGGACAACAAAGGCUGCCAGGACAGGAGCUAAGGUGGCUGCUUAUGAGACAGAACUGCCAGCCAAGGAAAAACCUGAUGUAGCCUCACAGAAGACAUCAGGCAAGCAGUCGCUGGAUGUGAUGUCUCUUGAAACAUUGGAAAACACUUGUGAGCCAGAGGACCUCUUUGGUGACAUCUAG